UGUACACAGAAGGAGAAUUUUGUCGGUUAUGUGGGAAAUGCUUAUGUGCUAAUUCUGGAAAGACAAUUCUUUGAGUUUUAAUGAUAUUUGCUGAUGUUUAACGAUUAACUACCAAAGCUGACGAUGGAAAAGGAAAAUAGACGAUUAUCCAUAUCAUCAAUGGAUGAUGGCCCAAGAAAAUCCAGACGCCAUUCACUUAUUGGAGCAGCAACAUUUGACAUGCCCAUUUUUAAAAAAAGGAAGAGAAAAGAUGACGACACAUACAGCGUGCAGAGCUUAAACAUUUCCAAUACAAAGAAACCUAGGAGAUCUUUUAUGAAAGUUUCAUCACUGGCAACCUUGUUUUCCCCAAGCAAUAAAGCAUCAAGAAGAUGUUCUGAUAGUUUUGAGCCUUUCAAGAUUCCAAGUUCCCCUAUAACCAAGCGUUCUAGCACACCAUACAAAGCUCCCAAACCAACAUCUUCAAAUCGCAGACUUAGCAAGACAUGGAGUGACAUGAUGCAGGAUGGAGGACUUCGGUUCCCUUCUCUCUUCAGCAACCAAGACAUAAAGAGACAAGAGGCAAUAUAUGAGUUAUAUCAAGGAGAGACAGAUAUGCUAGAGGACUUGAAUACUGUGCAGAAGACAUACAGAGAUUCCAUUAGAAAGCUGAAAAUACUAUCUGAGGGUGAAAUUCAGCAGAUAUUUGGACCAAUAGAUUCCUUGGUACCCAUCCACGAAGAUCUGAUCAAUAGUCUCCAGAACCAGAGAUUACCAGAUGGGACGACUAACUGUAUUGGACAUGUACUACUUAAAUGGGCCCCCAGUUUGAAGCCAUACAUAGAGUACUGUGCAAAUCAGGUGUUUGCCAAAGCCCUGCUGGACGAGAAACGGACUGAUCCUGAUCUGGAUGACUUCCUACAGAGGUGCAUGGAGUCCCCUUUCAGCAGAAAACUGGACCUUUGGAGUCUUCUUGAUGGUGCAAGGGGCAGAUUUAUGAAGUAUCCAUUACUUUUGAAAAGCAUCUAUAAAUAUACCCCAAAGGAGCACAGAGACUUGGCAUAUUUGGAAGAUGCAAUAAUUGCUGUGGAGGAGGUGAUAGGUAAAGCUGAUAGAAGAGCUGGGGAGACGAAAUGCCAGUUCUACAAAUGUGCCUUACUCUACCUAUAUGAUGAUCAGAGACAUCCUUUGAUAGAAGAAUCAACCUCUCUUACUUGCUGUGGAGUGCUGAAAAAUAACAAAGGAACAAAACUGCAUUUGAUGUUAUUUGACAAGAUCUUGGUGGUGACACGGUCGACCAGUCAGAAUGGACGACAGUGUUUCCAGGUCUACCGCCAGCCAAUCCCCAUCGAGGAUCUUGUAGUGGAGGAUUUGAAAGAUGGAGAGGUGAAGAUGGGAUCUUUCCGAAGUAACUUUGGCAAAGGCACAGCAGCUAAGAACGUUUUGAGGGUAUCCUUUAGAUCGCCGAAGGAUGGCCAAGCUCACACGUUGCUGGCACACGAUGAACAUGACAAAAGGCAGUGGCUUCAGUGGUUGAACAGAGCCCUAGUGGAGGCCAAUGUGAAGCAGUGUCCAAUUGUUCAGGAGGAGGUGCCUCUUUGAUCUCAGGAUCUGCCGCUUUGAUACCAUUAAGACACCAGCCGACCACACACCACAUCUUCUUACUUACCCUGUGGCUGAUACUAGACAAAGUUAUUUUGUUGCUGUGUUCAAGUUAUCCUUCCCUUAUCUUGUUUGGUAAAUAUGCCAUGAUGGAUAUCUUUAAGAGGCGUGUUGUAAGGUACCUUCAUGUGCUCUUUUACACAUAGAAGAGUGAAUGCAUUGCUCAGAUGCAACAUGCCUUCCUUGCUCUUAUCAUUGCAGUAAACAUUAAUACCCAAAAGAGAAAUGAAGGAGGAGCCCACUGGAAUUGGUGAUUCCAGUGUGUUCACAGAAAUCUGUGUAAACACACAGAGCCGGUGUUUAAAUGUAUACAUGUAAUACUGUUCUAACUAGUUUAUCAACCCAAAGUAUUCUUUCCAUUUCGUUCCUAAAGUUUACUCGUGGAAAAUGAAACUGAAACUUGGUGGCUCUGACCCUAUGUAUUUGUCUCGGUUAUUUUUGGUAAUAUCAUGCGAUUUGACAAUUAAAAUCAGAUGUUUUUUGUUGGGAAAGAGUAUAUAUAUUGGGAAUGGCUUGACUGUAGUUAUGGAUUAUCUUUUUUUUGUACAUUGAACAAGAUGAGGGAAGGUCAGGUGUAUUACCAUGUAACACAAGCUGAACGCAGCAAUAAUUGGCUUUUACCAAGUGCUAUGUUUGUUACUUCAUUUUGUGAAGUAGAAAUAUACUGAAGCCGAACCACGUCACUUUAGCACUCACUCUUACCUCUCGAGUUGUUUUUGCAAGGAGUUUGCAUGAGAUUUUAUAUUAUAUCAACCCCUGUGUCAUAUGUACAGAAAGAAAAUUUGUAAUACAGUGUAUUAAUAGCCUUGUAGAUGUGUGUAAAUAAUGUAUAUACAUCAAAUAUAAACUCAAAAAUUAAAAACUUUCAUUUUUUUUUCUUUAAUGUUUUCGUCUGCAAAGUCACAUACCAGAAUGUGAUCAUGCAAAUGUUGACUUUUCUCAAGCAUCAAGAGGCUGUGUAAUGUUGCAUCUUAAAACAGCUGCACUCUAGGAAUAUAUGUAAUGAAGUAUUGGUUUUUUUUUCUUCUCUGUUUUAUUGUUUUUUCUGUACUGUUCAUUUUCCCCUUGAAUAUUGUGCAAUAUUAUGCAAUGCUCUUUUGUUACAUUUCACAAAAAUCAGAUCUUUUGAGUUUUCAGUGUCCAUUUCAUUUUGGACACAUAGAGAUGAAAGAACGUUUACAGAAAACAUUAACUUAUUGCUAUUGCUAAAUCAGGUCUUCUUCAACCUCUACUUGAAGCUUUGCUCUUAUUCAGAUGUGGGAUUUUCUUGUUAGUCUUAAUGAUAGAAUUAAGAUUGUGAAAAAAAAAAAAAACAUCAAUUGCCUGUGUUGAAGUCCAACUAUUAUUUUCCUGAAUUAUCACUCAUCUAAAUUUUUAUAUUCAUGUUUUCUUAGAUUUUUGGGGGUUUUUUUUUCUGUUAACUGCUAACAUAGACACAGCAUGAAAGCAACUGUGCACAUUAAACCAGGCGUAGAUCGACCUUGUGCCUUGGGGCAACUGGGUUUUGGAAAGCAGCUGAGAGCCUCAGAUCUGGCACUGGUCUUAGGUGAUCUACAUGGGUUUGCAAUCACUGGCAACUGAGCAGUUGCUCAAAAUUGAACAUGUUCUACUUCUCUCUGACUCCAAGCAUCCAUUUGUACAGAGUUCUGUCGAUCUACGAUUGCUUGUGCCAGUUGGUCACAAUUGCAAGAUUUGGUCAAAAGUUUAUGUACGACAUAGACCAAAAACGUUACGCCCAGAUGCUUAGAAUUACAAAUCGACCUCCACUUCGCUCAAUACUUAGAUGUGGCAUACAUGUUAAAUGUUAUAUAAUGGUACAUUUACAAAAAUAAACACAUCAAUGCACAUUUAAAUUUUCAUAAAACAUAGUUUCUUACUUCAGAGUAUGUCAUAAAUGAGAACUUGCAUUAUUUAUCACAAAUCAGCAAACAAGUGCUGAUACAUGAGCUCAUGUUUUCUCAUUUUACUAAAGUAUUUGUUCUACCCACCAUUUUUAGACAGCUCACAUUACUGGCUGCUCAAUUAACACGGCUCAGCCAAUAUGUCUACAUCUUUAGCAAGAAAAGUUAUGUUUACAGACAGAUCAUUACUAUAUCUAAUAUCACCUAAAACAUAAUUUGGUAAUCACAAAAUAUUUUUGACACAGACUCGCAGGUACCUGAAUACUUUGUUUAUUGCCAAAAUAUAUGGCAUAUUAAUAAUUAUUCAUAAGUUUAGUUUCAUAUCCUAAGAGUUUAGUCAUUUAGUCCUUUACAGUAUUACUUAGUAAAGUACUGUUAAGUUGUUGACACCUUAAUAAUUUGUUACCUUCUGGUCAUAUCACCAACUGUUGUAGCUACUGUCCUAUAUAUGUUAUCAUGUAUUCUCUAGCGUAUGUGCAUGGAAAUAUUGUUUCUCAGUGUUUUCUUAAGCAAUCAACACCCAGCUUGUGGAUCACUUUAUACAUGAACUCAUGUAUUUAAACUUUUGAACAUGAACUGUUGAAAACAUAACCAUAGUCUUAUGUUCAUUAUUGUUAAUGUAUUGUUAAUAAGGGACACAGAUAAAAUGAAGUCUUCAUGCCAUGUCAUGCUAAUGCAGGUAUCUUUGUCAUGGAUUUUGAUUUCUUAUUCUUUGUAGUCCAUGUGCUGCUCUCUAUGCUCGCUUUACAUCACUGCCAACACUAGACAAGCUUGGCCUUGGCAACCUGUGAAGUUUGAAUGGACUUUCACUGCUGAUGCUCUUCAGUGGGUCUAUAAUCAGCAUUUAUUGAUAAAAUUGUUUCAGGUUUCCAUUAGGUUCAUGAUGUGCAAAACUGAGAUAAAAAUAAUGCGCUUGUAUUCAAAGUGUUUUUCAAAGAACUGGUUGAGAUGGUUUUUGUUUUCUGACAUCACUUCCUGUUAGAUCACCAUGAACAACAACAGCUGGCACUUCAACAUUUCUCUUCACAUUCUGCUAGCUGUCGCUGUGAUGUAAAAUGACCACUGUAAGGAGUAUGCAUCAACCUUCUGUGAAUUAGCCUACAUUACAGAAAACCAUUAUCAUUCAUUCAGACAUGUGAGAGCUGCAAAAUGUCUUAACUAGGCAAAAUAGAACUCUAUAUAUCACAUUUUGUUAUGUCUCCUUACACUUAUAACUACUUAAAAUUAAAUCCAUCCACAUUUGUAUGUUCAACGAUGACGUACCUCAACCUGUGACUAACCAAUUAGGCUAAGAGGAAGUCACAGAUAGGGGUCAUACAUUGGAAAUUUGAAUGUAAAAACCUAGGAUUCCACAA